AUGGCUUCCGCACCAUCUAAUGCAGAUGUUCCCGCGCCAGACCCAAGUAUGACGCCUACACCGCGACUAACUGAUAACCAAGCGCUGAACGACAUCGAGGAAAUCCGGGAUCUGGUCGCACGACGCAACCGAGCGCUCGACUCGUUAGACCUUGAUCAACUCGAGAGAGAUGGGUUACAUACGGAUUUGAGUGAGAUAGGUUGGCCGGUAUCUCUUUGCAAAGGUGGCUCACAGACAGCGAGGCCGAAGAAUGAGUCGUUCGAUGUCCGCGACCUCUAUGCGCUACUCUGUAUCAUACGGCACAUGAUGAUGCGGCACAGCGAUGUUGUGACCGGCGACUUGCGUCUCUUCUUUGAGAAUCAGAACAGCAAAAGGUUUGCCAAUAAGUGGAGCAACAUGCAACGAACAUGCAGCAAACAUUGGAACGAAGCAGAUGACAAGGACCUGAUACAGCUGUACGAGGGCGUCAACAAGACUUUCAAGGAUAUUGCUCGAGAGAACUUCGCAGAGUUUCGAGAAGCCGUGAGGAGCUUUUCGGAACCGGAUAUGCAGAUCGAGAUCGCGUAUCUGAUUGCGAAGAAAAGGGAAGUGAAAGAAUCCGACGAUGACGCAGGUAAUAGUGCUGGUGACGGAGACUAG